GGACUGCUGAGCCUGAGAGAGCUGACAAGGCACAGCACAGCAGAACUGGGCUCACGUAUACCACGGUACAUUCAUACAGCUGUUCAACGCUGAGGAAAUCCUCACGAUCGGAGCUGAGGUAGGCUUCCCUGCAGCUGCAAACAGUUAGGGUUCAGGCUUUCAGUCCAGCAUGAGAUGUUGAUUCUUGAAAAGCAGUGCUUACGAAAGAAGACAAAGCUCAGGAAGUCUCGUAUCAGGACAGAGCUGAAGGAGUGGGAAUAACGCAGUCCAGACUUUUGGCCCACCCCACCCCAUCCUUCAAGUGUUUCACCUCUCAACCCUUGUCAACACUCUCAGCACAGUGACUGAAGACCAUAUCCCGGGGACCAGUGGAGCUCAGUCUCAGACAUUAACACAGUGAGGCUCUUUCGAAACCUGUCACCAGCGGCAGCAGCUGUGCUAAUGGAGGCUCCAACCCUGGCUCUGAUGGAAGACUUGUGUCAUCUGCGCUCUCCCUCUCCAGAGGGGGAAACAGUGUGUGCAGCUCUCGUUCGUUAUGAGAAUACUUUGCGGGAUGCAAUUAGAGAGAUCCAUGCAGAGGUCAGCACCUUUAAGCUUGAUAUAGAGCGGCGUUGUGACGAGACGGCCAACCUGAGUGGUCCACUUGGGAGAGCUGUGGUUCAGCUCCAGCAGGAGAACCAGCAGCUCCGGAACCAGCUGGAAGCUCUCACAAGGCAAGUGGAGCUCCUCAAUGGUCUCACAUGUGAGCAGAAAGUAACAAUCAAUAGGCACAAUCAGAAUCACAAGAAUGAGCUGCAUGACAUACAUCAGAACCAUCAGGAUGUGAAGGAGGUGAUCUAUGGAAAAGGUCAAGCUAGCACCCAGAGCCAGGCUCAUCACAUCAUCCAGAACUUCACUUUGGAAAACCAGACACAGCCCUCCAACAGCCUCAGCAGUCAGUCAAGUCCUUCAACAACCCGUGCCAGCCCUUCUUCACCCACAAGCUCCAACAGUCCUCCAGUUGGCUCCAGAGGUUCUUCCAUGAUUAUGAACCCAGGGAUGAGCAGCAGCCCCUCCAUCACGCGCUUCUCCAGCCGAGCUACCUUCGCUGUUUCCAGCAAGACCAACAGCAUCGAGCGGGAAGAGCCAAUAGAGGUCGACCCCCUCCCAACACACACACAAACAGGACAGGAGAAUGGGCAUGCUGCUGCAACUGAACAUUUGGUGUUGGUGCAUGGUAAGAUCUCCCCACCCAUGGAUGGCCCUCUUGAAUAUGCAGCACCUGUCACAUUGCGGAUGCCCCACCUCCCCAUCACAGCUACAACCAAGACAGCUGAAAUCAAGACUUCGACCAUUUCCCCCAGCAGCCCUGUUGGCUCUAUGUCCCCAUGCUCCGAGGUUUCACCCAACACUCAGUCAGUACCCAGCACCUCUCGUCCACAGCCAGCAGAGGGUUCAGCCCUCCAACCAGCAUCACUUGCCAAGAUGUGGACCCCUACAGUUGCCCGGACUCUGGGAUCUUCAAAUCUCCACGGGAAGGCAAACUCAGUUCCUGCUAAGUCUGUGACCUAUUCAGGGCUACUGAAGCAUGACAGAGACAGUGACAAAAGCAAGGACAUACCCUUCGGCCAAGUGGGAGAGAGAAGGCACGAGUUGGUGAGAUCACAGACUCUCCCUCGAAGCAUCGGCGCUCAGGCUCGAAGAUCGAUAUUCGAAAGAUUAGACUGUGAAGCCGGUAACAGUUGCCCUAAGCCAGCAGGGCUAAAGCGUUCUCAAAGUUUUGGUGUGUCGACCGCCAGCAGCAUCAAGCAGAUUCUUCUUGAAUGGUGCCGUUCCAAAACCGUAGGCUACCAGAAUAUCGACAUCCAGAACUUCUCAGCCAGUUGGAGCAAUGGCAUGGCUUUCUGUGCCCUCGUCCACUCCUUUUUUCCCUCUGAGUUUGACUACAACACCUUGUCACCUGCCAAUCGCAAACACAACUUUGAGCUAGCCUUUGGGACUGCAGAAGCCAAGGCAGGCUGUGACCGGCUCAUCGAGGUAGAGGACAUGAUGAUCAUGGGUCACAAGCCAGACCCCAUGUGUGUCUUCACCUACGUCCAGUCCCUCUACAACCACCUGCGCAAGUUUGAGUGACCCUCAGGAUAUAUUGCCAGCUAGUUUAUGUAAAACCUUUCUGUGCUGUCAGCAAUACAACACAGAGUUGAGUGGAUCCCAACGCUGGCAUGGGAGCCGUUUCCAAAGGCUGGAUCACCCUCUAGUGGUAAACUGUUGGACUUUCGGCACAAAGGAAGUGAAAGUGCUCAGAGCUGGAGUCAUGUUACACGUUUGGCAGAUUUAUUGUUACUGGGUAUAAUCAGUAAUGACAAUGAUGAACAUACACAUAGAUGUCACAGUUGAUUUCUCAGUUAUAAGAUUUAAUUGACUCUAUAUGUGUGUGUGUGUGUGUGUGUGUGUGUGUGUGUGUGUGUGUGUGUGUGUGUGUGUGUGUGUGCAUAUCUAUAGAUGUUGCAGUAAUGUAUACAUGUUUGAAAGUGGUUUUUUUUCAUAUUAACCUUUGUGUCAGCAGAGGUGUGCUUUGUCUCAUGAAUAUCACUAAAACCACCAGGUGUUUGCUCAGACCUGCUGUUUAGAUAAACAUCUGACACAAUGUUAACCAAGAAUAUAUGUGAUGAGCUGCUGAGUGAUAUUUCCAUCCUAAUAUGCUGUCAGAUGUUGUGUUAUUUGGAUGAUGAAAAAAAUGGAAAUAAAACCAAUAAAAUGUGCUGUAUCCAUUA